UACGCAACAGUCUGCAACUCAAACAACAUAUCUUAUCACGUGCAAUUGCAAUUUGUUUACAAACAACUUUGAUAAUAUAAAAAAUGACGUUAGGUGCUCAAAAUCAAAAACGCUGUGGUUUAUUCGGCCUUUUUAUUGAUUCGAUGAUGUAGAUUCCAACGAAUGAGUCGUAUUACAAGUCGAUGAAAAAAUCAGUAAACCAUAAGAACUAUCCACGAGUUCGUUGAGAAUAAUUCAAUCAUGGCCCAAGUAAAUGCGGACUUCGAUCCUUACGACGAUGUGAUUCAAAGUUGCGAUACGUUACUGAGUAGCAACUCCACCAAAUUUCACCUCUACGCGAAACAUCAAGAGGAACUCCGUUUACAGUUCACUGCGACGAAUGAAAAUUACAAAAUUUUAAAAACAUGGCUCCAUGUAGCUUACGAAGAUAUACUCGCAUCGACAUCAGAACACGGUGAUUUGGUUCAAAUUUACCAAACCUUAUUGAGCAGUAACUUUUUCGAAGAAUUUCUCGAGUACGCCAAUAGUCGAGAAACGCUGCAAUUUAAAUUCAUUAAAAAAUUGAACGAAUGCAAAGAUUUGAUGAAAAAAUUGAACGAGACGAAUAAGAGCAUCGUAUCGUUGAAAACUAAGCACAAUGAUUUAACUCGACGCUACGGAGUAACAUUGGAGAACCGUUCGGUCAACGAGUCUACAGAGCAACGAAGAUCACUACGGUCAAAAUUUAUCGAAACACUUGACGAAUGCGAAUGUUUUAGAACUUGUCUGGAUUCAGCUUAUGAAGAGGUCUUAACGUUGAAAUUAGACUUCGACGUAGUAACAGAACGAUAUAGAAUAUUAUCGAAGAACAAAAGUUUUGAGGAAUUUCUCGAUUGCGCUAAAAAACUAGAAGUAACCAGUAAAGAAUGCAAAUGUUCUAACUCAUCCGCUGACCGAGCCAUUCAUUCGAAUACCGUCGUUGAAGUAGAUUUAUCCUCAAACGCAGAAAUGGAUACGUUAGAAGCCGAAGUCGACGUGAAAGAGUUCGAUGUUGAUCUCAGUAUAAAACGUGAACAUCAACAGUCAUAUUCGAGUGAAAAUAACGAAGACCGAACUGUGAUAGAGAGUAGCAUCCCGAAUGGAUUCGAUAUCACCGAGGUUAAUCUUGAUGAUCAAAUCAAACUCGAACUUCAGCAGCCAUCACAUUUAAACGAAAACAGUGAAGAUCUAGCUAUCGUGAAACAGGAAAAUCCGGAUGAUCAUUCCUUCUACUUUUCGAUUCCAGUUGUAGACGAAUUCUGCGCAUCUUCGAAUACACACUUUGAAACUGACGAUCCUUUUGAAGAAAAAAUCGUUGUGAUAGAAUUAUUGCCUGAGGCAGUCGAGGAUCGUGACGUGUUCAUACAACCGCAAGUUUCCACUAAUUCAUCUCUACUGGAGAGAGCUCUGAAUGGAUCUCAACAGUGUCAAGGGAAACUGAAUUCUUCGACUAGCGGAUCACUUUCAAUAAAGUCACUUUUUCAUCGACGUUUUGAAUGCGUAAUUUGCGGGAAAUCUUUUCCGAAGAAAUGCACUCUGAAUGAGCAUAUGCGUAUACACGAUGAUAAGUUAUUUCAUUGUGAAAAAUGUGACAAAUCGUUCAAGACAAAAAACAACAAACGAAAGACGUUAAAAUGUUCAUUUUGCGGUUAUGCGCCUAAUCAGAAUAGUAAUAAACGCAAUGAUAAAAUAAAAUUUGUGCACGAACUCUUCGCUCCUCGGUGUGAUAUUUGCGGUCGGAUUUUCUCGACAGAUCGCCGUCUAAAGGAACAUAUUUCCGACGUUCACGAUGAACAGAAAUCAUUCAAAUGUGCCACUAGCGACAGAUUAUUCGCCAGAGAGAGUGCUCUUAAAAGUCAUAAAAGGCGACAAAAGUCGGUCGUUCAUGCGAAGAAUCUACGUUUCAGGUGUGCUUAUUGCGAUAAAGGAUUUCGUUGUAAGGAUAGUCUUGUUCCGCAUAUGCAAAAAUUUCAUAAGCAUGUGUACCUAUUUAGGUAAGCAAAUGAAAAUGAUCAAAUGGUGAAGAUGAUGAUUCGGUUUGGUUACUUGUUGACUUCGUGGAUUGUUAUUUUGAAAAAAUUUGUCUACAUUUUCAACGACGAUUGUUUAUCAUGAUCGUUUUUUUUUAUAUCUAUGUUGUUUAGAUUUUUUUCGAAUUAAUUAUAUCCAAUUUUUGUA